CUCCUGGUUCAGUGACGCUUUGGCGGAAACAACAUUACGCUGUUUGCCGUAGUCAUCGUUGAUUAGCACAUAUCCGCCAAUUCUGCUCUCCGUCCUCCAAAAGACAGCGUUACUUGAUCUCCUUCCCGUAUAGACAACAUGCCGCUAGAAAAUCUCGAGGAAGAGGGUCUGCCCAAGAACCCUGAUCUGAGGAUAGCACAACUCAAGUUCUUGCUCACAAUGGACGGUCACCGACAAGAUGCUAAAGUGAAGACGGAGCUCAUGGACGCUAUCAAAGUGAACAACAUGGCCCCCUACUAUGAAACCUUGUGCAAGGAGCUUAAGUGGCAACUAGACAGUGACCUGCUGAGCAAGAUGAAGAAGGCAAACGAGGAGGAGCUGAAGCGGCUCGAUGACGUGCUGGAGGACGCAGAGAAAAAUCUCGGGGAGAGUGAGAUCAGGGAUGCUAUGAUGGCCAAAGCCGAAUAUCUGAUCAGGAUCGGAGAUAAGGAGGGGGCCCUAACAGCAUUCAGGAAAACCUACGACAAGACAGUGGCUCUGGGUCACAGACUAGACAUCGUCUUCUACCUGUUGAGGAUCGGCCUCUUCUACAUGGACAGUGACCUCAUCACGCGCAACUCUGAGAAAGCCAAAAGCCUGAUUGAAGAGGGGGGAGACUGGGACAGGAGAAAUCGACUGAAGGUCUACCAGGGUCUGUACUGCGUGGCCAUCAGGGAUUUCAAGCAAGCUGCCGAGCUCUUUCUCGACACGGUCUCCACCUUCACGUCGUACGAGCUUAUGGACUACAAGACGUUUGUCACCUACACGGUCUACGUGUGCAUGAUUGCCCUCAAGCGCCCUGACCUUCGUGAAAAGGUAAUAAAAGGAGCAGAGAUCCUGGAAGUGCUGCACAGUCUGCCAGCUGUUCGCCAGUAUCUGUUUUCCCUCUACGAGUGCCGCUACUCGGUCUUCUUUCAGUCUCUCGCAACAGUGGAGCAGGAGAUGAAGAAGGACUGGCUCUUUGCCCCACAUUACCGCUAUUAUGUGAGGGAGAUGAGGAUCCAGGCCUACAGCCAGCUGCUGGAAUCCUACCGCUCGCUCACACUGGGCUACAUGGCCGAGGCCUUUGGCGUCAGCACAGAGUUCAUCGACCAGGAGCUGUCCCGGUUCAUCGCUGCUGGACAUCUCCACUGCAAAAUUGAUAAAGUGAACGAGAUUGUGGAAACCAACAGACCUGAUAGUAAAAACUGGCAGUACCAGGAGACCAUCAAGAAGGGUGAUCUGCUGCUUAACAGAGUCCAGAAGUUGUCAAGAGUUAUCAACAUGUAAACAUGGUGGCCACAUUUUUGUCGGGUCAGCGAGGUGGAUCCUUCAGCUUUGCUUUUCUUAGAAAUGUUUGUUUGACAAAUUCAUUUGUGUACAUAAUAAAAUGUUUGACUGUU